UCACUUCCUUGCCAAUGCAUUUAUAUGUCAUUCUAACUUCUCAUAAAGAAAAAAAAAACAAUAACAUACAUAUAUCCUUAAUUUCAUAUACUUAUCAUGGAACAUAAAAUCAAGACUUUCCUUUUAGUUAUUCUCUUGGUCUUCAUUCCUUUUCCUUUAUCUUCAGGACUGGGUGAAGGAUUCAGAGAAAAUAUACAUCCUACUCAUCACUUUCUAUACAAGGAUGGUAUAAAGAUGAACUCAAGGAAGCUAUUUUCUCAUGAUUUUGUGUUGGAUUAUGAUGAAGCAGGACCCAACCCUAAGCAUUCAAAGAAACCUGGCAAGGGCCGUUAAACACAUUAACAACUAACUAAUUAAUCAUAUUAUAUCAUAUAAUAAAUUAAUUAAACUAAAUACUAUAAUAUGUAUUUCCCCUCAAAAUAUUUUCAUGUAUGAGGAGACAUUAUAUGAUGAUAUAUAUAGACAAUGGAGCUAGUUUCUUCAACGGAGCUAUUACUUAAUUGUGUGUGUUGUCACUUAUGAGGUAAUAAUAAAUAAAGUAUGGUCGAUAUUCUACAAUAUGUACACGGAAUCGAUGUAUGCAUGAACCAUUAAAUAUUAAAUUUACAAUAAAGUGUUACUAUUUGUUUUCUUA